GUUUUAUAAGCAAAAGUAGAAAUUGAAUUUUCCAUUAAUAGCCAAAUGAUGAGGUGUCUAUUUUUAGUGGCAAUUAUUCUUGUUGCCGUCAGGGCCCAAAUACUGAGCCAAUCGGAAAAGGAAAAAAUGAGAGCGAUCCACGAGGGUUGCAUGAAGGAAACAGGGGCAGAUCAAGCCUUAAUCCACAAAGCGGUUAAAGGUGAAUACGUGGACGAUCCGAAGCUGAAGAACCAAAUUUUCUGUGUGACUCAAAAAAUCGGUUUCACCGACGAAUCAGGGGAAAUUAUGAAGGACCUAACAGUGAAAAAACUGACCGAAAAGUUCAAGAACGAGAAAGUGAUUAAUGCUGCUGUUGAAAAAUGUGUCGAUAAGAAAGCCACUCCGAGUGACACUGCUUUUGAGUUUGUAAAAUGUUUACACUCGUACGCCCCAGAAGGUCUCGACAUUAUGACUCUAAUGGCUUAGAGCGGUUUAAUUAGGGCAAAAUUUAAUGUAAUAGAGUUUCAAAUAAACACCAACCACACUGUGGGGAAAUUUA